CACAGAAACAUCCUCAACAAACAUCAUUACCAACGAAAUCGUACCCAGCUAGUAUAACUACCACGUCACCACCAUUAAAAAGUGAAAUACCUGUUGCUUUAAAAAAAACAACCUUUUCUAUUCCUAUUUCACCGACUGAAACACCAUCUUCGCAGUCCACACCUAUAUCACCGUGUCAAGUAAAAAUCACAAAUCCACACACUGGUGUUACACUUAGACCUGGUGAUAAUAUAGAUGUAUCAUGGAAAUUAUUCGGUAAAGAAUGUUUUGUUGACGGUGUCGCACCAUUACAUCAGGUCAAUGCCAUUCUAUUUUCAAAUUUGACUAGAGGUGAAGAAUGGAAAUGGGACUACCGACAGAAUCUUUAUCAUGAAGCAAAUACCAACAUUUCUUCGUUUCAUUACCCCGUGCAAAUCAUUCUAUCUCCAAAUAUUCGAAAUUUAAGUUUAUUCUUCCUUGAUAUUGAAUUAACGUUUCCAACGAAUUCCCUAGGUAUGAUAUGGGAUGUCAUGGGUCCGUUUACUAUUUUACCAAUUCCGGAAACUCCUCCGGAAAAAAAUGUAACAGAUCCUGAUAAUGACGUUCAUGGCGAAGAUAUUUUUGCUAGUUGGAAUAAAGAUAUUGAUGAUACUGAACAAAGUAAUAACUCUAAACAAAAAAAUAAUAAGGAAAAAGCAGAAAGAAUCUUUACUGCAUUUAAAUGGGCACCUGUAACAGUAGUCUUCCUUUUAGAAAAAUUUUCGCGCAUUCGCUAA